GCUGCUAUGUGCGAUCAAUGAUCUUAUACUGGGACUCAAAAGCCUGAGGACAGAGAGUAACCGCUGAGAGCGGGCCAUGCUGUUCUCGGAAAGGUAAUGAGCCGUAAAGCCCUUGGGUCUCGGCUUAGCAGCGCCCACAAACUGCAGCGAAACUGGAAUGAUUGGCAGCCCAGAGGUGACAGUGUGUCAGCCAGCCAGGACGGUGUGAAGUGCAGCGCCUCCCGAGACCUCGGCCCUGCAGCUCUCUAUGACGCGGUGCCCUCGGACUGCCCUGGCUCCCCACCUUCACUGCGCAGUGAUGCCUAUGUAUCUACAGAUCCACUUGAAGAAGAGGGUGGAUAUGAAGCUGGUAGAGGUCCGUGUGACAUUACAUUUGGUUGGAAGUCGCUGGGGGAAGAGUUGAGGCUCAAUGACGUGACGGCGGAUUUGACUCCUUUUCAGCAUGGAAACCGUGCUUUAGCUUCAAAGGACAUGAGGAAAUCACAGGACAGAGGCAUGGCUCACUCAGAGGAGUCUCGGCUGGCCAACCUCCUGCGCCGCGUUUCCCGAGAAGAUGACCGGGAUCGCAGGCUUGCCACCCUCAAACAAUUGAAGGAGUUCAUCAGCCACGUUGAAAACAAAGUGGCUCUGGUGAAACAGUUGGAUACCAUCCUUAGUACUCUUAAUGACAUUUUGAAUGAAAGUAGUAAGCUGUUGUGGGAGAUGAGGCAGGAGGCAGCAGCUUGCCUUGGCCUGCUCUGUACAGCGUUAAGCUACGAAGCUGAGCGUAUCUUCAAGUGGCUCUUCCUAAAGUUCAGCUCAUGUGGCCGCGAGGAAGUCAAGCUGCUGUACUUGGUGGCAGUAUACCGUGCCCUGGAGGCAGCUGGCGAGAGAAAGGCCUUUUCGCCUGUCAUGCAGCUGGUGAUGAGCAGCCUGCAGUCCAUCUUGGAGAACUUGGACACCCCAGAAUUGCUGUGUCAGAGUGUUAAGUGUAUUCUGCAGGUGGCCCGCUGCUAUCCACAUGUCUUCAGCACCAACUUCCGGGACACAGUGGAUAUCUUGGUUGGAUGGCACAUUGAUCACACACAGAGGCAGUCACUAACUCUUCAAGUCUCAGGGUGGCUGCAGAGUUUGGAGCAGUUCUGGGUGGCAGACUUGACCUUCUCCACCACCUUGCUUGGACAGUUCCUGGAGGAUAUGGAAGCCUAUGCAGAGGACCUGAGUCACGUAGGGUCAGGGGAGAUCCUUGACGAAGACAUUCCUCCGCCCAUGGUAUCAUUGCCCAAACUGGCAGCAUUGCUACGGGUCUUCAGUACUGUGGUUCGCAGCAUUGGAGAGCGCUUCAACCCAAUUAGGGGCCCCCCUAUCACAGAGGCCUAUGUGACAGAUGUCCUAAACCGGGUCCUGGUGUGUGUGACCACAGCCAAGCAGGUACUAUUCUCAGAAGCAGUGCUUACAGCGGGCAACGAGUGUGUUAGUGUGUUGCUGAUGAGCCUGGAACCCUCUGCCCAGCUAAUGGAGGCCAUUUUAGCUUAUGGGCUAGACCAGCUGGACUGCUGCAGAGCCUGUGGUUCCGAUUACAGUCUGGCUGUUCUCAGCCUACUAACCCUGAUUGUGGACCAGAUCAACACAAAGCUGCCUGCAUAUUUUGUGGAGAAACUACUGGCACCCAGCUCGCAACUAUUGGAGCUCCGCUUCCACCAGGAAAAAGAGGUGAUGUCAGCCACUCAUGGCGUCUAUCAGGCCCUCCUAAGCCUUAAGAACAUCCCCACCCUGGAGGCAGCCUACAAGUUGGUGCUGGGAGAGAUGUCCUGUGCUCUCUCGAGCCUUAUGGUGCCCCUAGAACUCAACAGCACGGGUCCAAACCAGACCUCAGUCUGCCCCUGCCCUGAAAUCCGGCACCCUGCCUUUGCCUCUCUAACCCUGCCCCCAGAGCGGGCCCAGUUCAUUCUCAUUUUUAACCUCAGUGCCCUCACCACCAUUGGCAACACUAAGAACUCUCUCAUUGGGAUGUGGGCCCUGUCUCCCACGGUGUUUGCCCUGCUCAGUCAGAACCUGAUGGUGGUUCACUCUGAGCUGGCUAUCUACCAUCCUGCCGUCCAGUACGCUGUGCUCUAUACUCUUUACUCCCACUGUACAAGGCACGAUCACUUCAUCUCAUCCAGCCUGUCGUCGUCAUCUCCCUCGCUGUUUGAUGGCGCAGUCAUCAGCACUGUUACCACAGCAACAAAAAAACACUUCAGCACGCUGCUGAGCCUUCUGGGAACCUUACUGGCCAAAGAGCACCUCUACUCCGAGGCCAGGAAGCUGUUGCUGACCUGGGCCCAGGAGAUCUCUUUGCUGUUGAAGAAGUCUGAUACCUAUACCCCCCUUUUUACCCUGCCCUCCUUCCACAAGUUCUGCAAAGGCCUGCUGGCUAACGCACUCAAUGAAGAGCCAAGCAUCUGCCUACAAACGUGCAACAGCUUGCAGGUCCUCUCCUCAUCCCUGUCCACAGAGCUAUUGCAGAGAUGUGUGGAUGUAUGCAGAGUACAGCUGGUGCACUCGGCUGUGAGGGUGAGGCAAGCCUACAGCAAGCUGCUCAGGACAAUCCCCUUGGAUGUUGCGCUCGGUAACCAAAGCCAUCCAGAAAUGGGGGAGAUCUCUUUGGCCAUCCGCCGCCAAAUGAGUCGAGCACCAAGCAACACCUUUCACCCUCAGGAUUUUAGUGAUCUCAUCAGCUUCAUACUAUAUGGGGCCCUGCACCGUGGAGGCAAGGAGCCCUGGUUGGAGCGCCUGUAUCAUAGUUGCCAGCGGCUGGAGAAGCGGGAGGGCAGAGGAAGUGGAGAGGAAGGAGGUGGCAGUGGAGCGGGCUGUGUGCCGCGGUCCCUGUUGAAAACCGAGGCGGUCCUGUGGCAGUGGGCUGUGUGGGAAGCUGCACAGUUCACCGUGUUGUCCAAGCUCCGCACGCCACUGGGCCGUGCCCAGGACACCUUCCAGACCAUUGAGGGUAUGAUCCGCAGCCUGGCAGCCCACAGCCUCAACCCGGAGCAACAGGAGCUCGGGGCAUGGAGUGGGACUGGAGGGGACAGUGACAGCCACCACUCCAACCAGCUGCGCUUGUCUCUGCUGCUGCAGUUCUUGGAGGACCUUGAGAAGCUCAUGUAUAAUGCCUAUGAGGGCUGUGCUAAUGCCCUCACUGCUCCACCAAAGGGCAUUAGGACAUUUUUCUACACCAACCGUCAGACAUGUCAGGAUUGGCUGACCAGGAUCCGGCUGGCCCUGAUGCGGGUUGGCCUUCUGUCUGGCCAGCCUGCUGUCACUGUGCGACAUGGUUUUGACCUACUCACUGAGAUCAGAAGCAGCAGCACCCAGGGUUCUGAGUUGGAGGUUCCUCUGAUGAUGCUGGUAGAGGCUUUGUGUGAGAUGCGUUGUCCAGAGGCUAUUCAGGGACUAGCGGCCUGGAGCCUCUCAAAUACCGGCAAGAGUCUGGCAUGGCUCACCUCCGUGGCCCUACAAGCUGAAGGACGAUUUGAGAAGGCUGCUAUGGAGUACCAAGAACAGCUGUCUGCCGUAACAGGGAUGGACUGCUCCAUCAAAGGCUUUGAUCGUACCCUGCUCAUGCUGUCCAGCUCUAGCAACAGCACCAAUACCAGUCCCAAACACACAGGCAUCGGCGAUGGCAAGAAGACGUUGCUGCUCAAGUCCAAUGAGUGUUCCCCAGAGGUACUCAACUUCCUGGCCAACAAAGCCUGUCAGUGCUACAUAGCACUUUCUGACUGGACAUCUGUGCAGGAGUGGCAGGCCAAAAUCCAUGCCCUCAAGAAAAAUGCCACCAACCCAGCAAAUGUCCACCUCAAGACCGACUUCAAUUACAUACAGGCCCUCAGCUCCUUUGAGGAAGGAGACUUUACUGAAUGUAGAACCCAGCUGGAGCUGCUGCCUGGAGAAGACUAUGGCCUGCUCAACUCCACUACCGCCAAGGAUAAGCUGGAUUUGAAGAGGUUGCUGCCUUCAGUAUUGAGUCCAGACCCGUCUGAACUCCAGAAAGCCAUUGAGGUGCAGCUCCUACGCAGUUCUGUGAGUGCCUUUAUGUUAGCCAGUCACCAGCAAGAGCAGAAGACCACAGCCACUUCAGAUACUCUGGUGCGCUAUCUGAAGCAGAUAGGCCGGAUCUCCCUGGGCCCUCUACGUUUGUCCACCCUCACUCUGUCUGACUCCUUGCCAACCCUCCCCGCCCUACAGUUACACUGUGCUGCAGCUCUGGAGAAAACACUCACUGCACAAGAGGACUGUAUGAUACCUCUGUAUUGUGAGGCUCUGAGCUCCUGUAAACAGCAGGAUGUCCAGCCCUGGCUCCAUGCCCUCAGAUACACAGUCUUCCAGAAACAUCUCCUGCUUAAACUCAAAGGUUCUUCUGCCCCCUUAGAUGGCCACCUAAUGGAGCUGUGUCUGACCGCUGUCAAAUUUGCCCGGAAAAAGGGAAACAUCGUGCUGGCAACUCGCCUCCUCAACCAGUGCAGUGAUGCUGAGGGCAAAGGAGGAGAGGAAACAGAGGAACUUAGCAAGGCCUUCAAGCAUCUGACCCUAGACGGCGCUGUUGGUGAGAAGUGGGGGGCAGAGCUACAGAUAGAAAAAGCCAAAGUGCUCUGCACCGCAGGUCAGUCUGUGGCAGCCAUGGAGAUGCUGAGCUCAUGCGCACUUUCCUACUGCCAUCAGGGGAAGUGUGAACGUGCUGCGUGCCGGUCGGUUCUCACUCUGUGCAAGUGGCUGCUGGCUGACUGGAAGGACCUGACCCCACAACUUAAACAGGUGGUAAAGGGCUCAGGAGCAUUUAACACAGCCAACCCUGGCACUGCUGGCAAUUUGUCUCUUCUAAGCCGCAACAUUGCUGCACUGUUAGAAUUGCCCAUGGAGGACCAAGGUAUUCCCCACAUCACUGCUGAGACCACAGUGAGUGUGGGUGUGGGGGAGCCAGACUUUGUGCUGGGCCAGCUCUACCAGCUCUCGACCAACCAGGCUCCAGAAGUUGCCAAGUCCUGGGCUGCCCUGGCCAGCUGGGCUUAUCGCUGGGGCAGGAAAGUGGUUGAUAAUGCCAGCCAAGGCGAGGGUGUACCCCUCCUCCCUGCAGAGAAGAGUGAGAUUGAGGAACUACUACCAGCGACUACCAGCAAAGAGGACAAAGAUGCCUUCUUCAGCAUCCUUGGACAGGCAAUGUGUCGACCUGCUGGCAUACAGGAUGAAGACAUGGCCCUGCAGCAGGAGGAAGAUGAUGAGGACGAUAUGGUGGAUGUUAUCUGGCGCCAGCUGCUAGCGUCCUGUCCCUGGCUAGAAGAGGCAGGCCAAGCGGUCACUGACGGCUUGAUCAGAGUAUGGAGGCGAGUGGUAGACCGUAUCUUCAGCCUCUACCGGGUGUCCUGUAGGGCAUAUUUCACAUUCCUUAAGCUCAAUGCCGGACAGAUGCCCAUUGACGAAGAAGACCCCAAACUCCUGUUGUCUAAUCAGAACGGUAAGCAGAGCAAUGACGACGUGAUAGUCAUGGCAACACUGCGUCUCCUCCGCCUCCUAGUGAAGCAUGCUGGCGAGCUGAGAGAGGAGCUAGAGCUUGGCCUGGCAUCCACUCCCACAGCACCCUGGAGAGGCAUCAUCCCCCAGCUGUUUUCUCGUCUUAACCACCCAGAAGCAUACAUCCGACAGAGCAUCUGCAGCCUGCUUUGUCGAGUGGCCCAAGACUCUCCACAUCUCAUCCUCUACCCUGCAAUAGUGGGCUCACUCUCCCUGGGAGGGGAGGCCCAGAAUGCAGGGAGCAAGCUUCCCUCGGCCCUACCCACUUUUUUAGGAAACAUGCAGAGAGAGGGCCUGGGAGACGAGGAGGAGGAGGAGCAGCCAGGCAGCCAGCCUACCUCUCAGGAGAGCAGUGGUGGAGGAGGAGGUGGAGGGGAACUAGCGGCACUAUGCUCCAGCCAGGACCAAGCCAUGAUGCAGGACUGCUACAGCAAGAUUGUAGAAAAGCUGUCAUCAGCCAACCCUACCAUGGUGCUGCAGGUGCAGCUGCUGGUGGGUGAGCUGCGCAGAGUAACCCUGCUGUGGGAUGAGCUCUGGCUGGGGGUCUUACAGCAGCAGCACAUGCAUGUUCUACGCAGGAUUCAGCAGCUUGAGGAUGAAGUCAAGAGGGUGCAGAACAACAACACCUUGCGCAAGGAUGAGAAGAUGGCCAUUAUGCGUGAGAAGCAUUCAGCACUUAUGCGUCCAGUGGUGUUUGCCUUGGAGCAUGUCCGCAGCAUCACAGCAGCUCAAGCAGAGACACCACAUGAGACCUGGUUCCAACAGAGCUAUGGGGAUGCCAUUACAUCUGCUCUAGAGAGACUCAAGAGCCCCCAUAACCCAGCCAACCCUGCCAGCAGUUGGGCUCCCUUCAGACAGAUCAUGAUGAGCCUGCAGCAACGUUCACAAAAGCGAGCAAGUUAUCUGCUGCAGCUGAAUGAAAUUAGCCCUCGCCUGGCAUCCAUGGCCACCACAGAAAUGGCCCUGCCUGGUGAGGUAUCUGCAAAUGAUGCGGUCACUAUCCGGAGUGUGGGAAAUACCAUUACUAUCCUGCCUACCAAGACGAAACCCAAGAAACUCUUCUUCCUCGGCUCUGAUGGACGCAAUUAUCCCUACCUUUUUAAAGGUCUGGAGGACUUGCACUUGGAUGAGCGUAUCAUGCAGUUCCUGUCCAUUGUCAACACAAUGUUCACCAAGGUCAACCAGCAUGAGCAGCCACGUUUCCACGCACGCCACUACUCUGUCACACCACUGGGCACCCGCUCAGGACUCAUCCAGUGGGUGGAUGGUGCCACACCGCUCUUUGGCCUCUACAAGCGCUGGCAGCAAAGGGAGGCUGUGCUGCAGGCCCAGAAGGCCCAGGACUCAUUCCAGCAACAACCCCAGCCAGUACCUCUGGUCCCUCGCCCCAGUGAGCUUUAUUACAGCAAGAUUGGGCCAGCCCUAAAGGCAGUGGGCCUCAGCCUGGAUGUGUCGCGACGGGACUGGCCACUCAAUGUGAUGAAAGAGGUGCUAAAGGAGCUGAUGGAGGCCACACCCCCCAACCUGCUUGCCAAAGAGCUGUGGUGCUCCUGCACCACACCCAGUGAGUGGUGGAGGGUCACUCAGUCAUAUGCGAGAUCCACUGCUGUUAUGUCAAUGGUUGGGUAUAUCAUUGGCCUUGGUGACCGUCAUCUGGAUAACGUACUGAUCGACAUGUCCACUGGAGAGGUGGUGCACAUCGACUAUAAUGUCUGUUUUGAAAAAGGAAAGAGCUUGCGGGUCCCAGAGAAAGUGCCUUUCCGAAUGACCCAUAACAUCGAGACAGCCCUGGGUGUCACUGGGGUAGAGGGCAUCUUCAGGCUCUCAUGUGAGCAGGUUGUGCAGAUGAUGCGGCGGGGCAGGGAGACUCUGCUGACUCUGCUGGAGGCCUUUGUCUACGACCCGCUGGUGGACUGGACAGCUGGGGGGGAAGUGGGAUUUGCCGGAGCGGUGUAUGGAGGAGGUGGACAACAGGCCGAGAGCAAGCAGAGCAAGAGGGAGAUGGAGAGGGACAUUACUCACUCUCUGUUCUCUUCCCGCGUGGCUGAGAUCAAGGUAAACUGGUUCAAGAACCGUGAGGAGAUGCUAGCUGUGCUGCCCCAAGUGGAGGAGGCAGUGGAGGAGUACUUGGCACUGCAGGAGAUGCUCUGCCAGGGAGAAAAGCUUCAGGCCAAGCUGCUAGAGGAGAUGGCCUUCCUGGAGGGAGCUGAGAACCGUCCUGACCACCUCAUCCUUACCCUAGAGCAAAGGUAUUCUGAGCAUACCCAGCUACAGACACGGCAGCGCACCGUGCAAGAGGCUAUCCAGGCCAAGCUGACUGACCUGGACCAAUGGAUCUCCCAAUACCAGGCAGCCUUCUCCAGUCUGGAGGCCACCCAGCUGGCCAGCCUGCUCCAGGACAUCAGCAGUCCUAUAGACCUCGGCCCUCCCAGCUAUGUGCCAGCCACAGCCUUCCUGCAGAAUGCGGGCCAGGCCCACCUGAUAAGCCAAUGUGAGGGGCUGGAGGCAGAGGUAGGCGCCCUAUUACAGCAGCGUCGUGGAGCUUUACGAGGCUGUCUGGAACAGCUGCACAGCUACGCCACAGUGGCACUGCUCUACCCACGAGCCACCCUACUGCGCCACCGGGCCCACCAGUGGAAGGCGUGGAUGGAAGAGCUGCUACGAGACAUGACAGUGGAGCAUUGCCAGCACAUCUACAGGCAGUACGAGGUCCUAUUUGCACCCCAGCCCCCUUCAACGACCUGCCAGUUUCUCUCGAGUGUGGAGCUGGCCCUUCAGCACCAGGCAGCAGAGACCAAUGCCCGUGUGGUGCGACAGGCAGAACGUUUCAAGGCUGAAGGCACCACUGUGCACGCCUGUGAGGAGCAGCUGCAAGAGAUUGACCGCUGCAUUGCCGUUUUCCUCCGGGAGAACGGGGAGCCAGGUUCCCUCAGUCUGGCAGGGAUCAUCACUUCAGCCUUGUGCACACUCACCAGGCGUAACCUGGUGAUGGAAGGCGCUGCUGCCAGUGCCGGUGAGCAGCUGGUGGAUUUAACAUCGCGCGACGGGGCCUGGUUCCUGGAGGAGCUGUGCACCAUGAGCGGCAACGUCAGUGCCCUUGCUACACUUCUGCAGCGCUGCCAGCUUCUACCCCACGACCUAGAGCUACUGGCCCCCACACACACCACCCAGGCUAUCUACUUGGCCAAUGCAGUCUACACCUGUCUGCAUGAACUGAACUCCAACUUCCGUCAAAUCAUUUUCCCUGAGGCGCUGCGCUGCAUGCUGAAGGGCGAGCCCACCCUGGAGGCGAUGCUGACGGAGCUAGAGCAACUAGUGGAGCAGUGCUCUGAUGGCCUCAGCUUGCAGAGUCUAGCUGAUGGCCUUUAUGCCAGCCUGCGCUCGGCUGCUAUGGGCCUGGACCAGGACUCUCACACUCACUGCCUCCAUAUCACCAGGAUGCUACGUGCACAGUACUCUGAACUGAUCCAGCCUCAUAGCAUGGACAGGCCAGGACAAGAUGCCCCCAAGAUGUCCGCUGGCCAGAUGCUGCUCGUGGCCUUUGAUGGCAUGUUUGCCCAGCUGGAGACGGCGUUCGGACAGCUUACUGAGAAGUUGAGUUCCCUUGAUGUGCCGUCAGCCUGGAGGAAGGUAGACGUAAUUAGGGAAGCACGGGGGACCCAGGUGCAUUUCUUUGACAGCCUGGCUCAGCGGCAAGUCCUGGAGGAGGUCUUCUUCCUCAAGAGGCUGCAGACCAUCAGGGAUUUCUUCAGGCUUUGCACCUCCUUUGCACAAACUCUUGCCGGAACCUGCCCUCCAUCAGCUGAGGACCCCUCUACUUCCAACGGGCCCAUGGUUUUGGGAAAGCCUCUGUAUCGGGGCGCUGGAGCUGCUGUAGGGUCAGGUGUGGCAGUGGUGAGCGAGGAGCAGAUGACAUGGCCCAUCAAGGCCUUCACAGCAGAGUUUGUGCGUCAGAUGUUGAUGGGGCUUCCUUCUCAGGCCCUCGGUCUGUCCCUCUGCAGUACCCUGUCUGCCUUGGGGCUGGAUGUUGUUGCCCAGGUGGAGGCCAAAGACUUUGGAGCUGAGAGUAAGGUGUCGCUGGAUGAGCUAUGUAAAAAGGCUGUAGAACAGAGCUUGGCGUCGGGCCGGGUCUCCCAGCUCUUGCUGAAUCGAGCCGCUGUGUUGGCCUCCUCAUAUGACACAGCUUGGAAGAAAGUGGACCUGCUCCGGAGGCUAGAAGCCAGCCUGGACGCAGCCAAGGUCAGCCUUCAAAGGACUCAGCUGCAUAUCACAAUGUUCCAGUGGCAGCAUGAGGAUGUGCUGGGGCCCAGGAGCCAGCCGUUGAGUGUCAGCCCUCCAUCUCGUUCCAUCAUCCUGAGCAACAUGAAAAAGAAGCUGUACAAGCUGAGUCAGGACGAGGCUGCCAUCGCAGCCAUUCAGGAGAAGCUGGCCUCACUAGAAGCCAGCAUCGAGCAGCGUCUGAAGUGGGCAGGGGGCGCCAACCCAGCACUAGCCCCUGUACUCCAGGACUUUGAGCUGACCAUUAGUGAGCGCCGGGCCAUGGUGGCUAGAGAGAACCAGCGCACCAGCCAGGUCACCUUCCUGUGCUCCACCAUCCUGAACUUUGAAGGCCUUCGCACACGGACCCCUGAGGCCCUCAACAUGGAUGCAGCUCUCUUUGAGCUGCUGAAGCGUUGCCAGCAGACCUGCUCCUAUGCUGCUCAAUUCAGCAGCACCGUGUCCCCGCUUGAGCUUCAGCUGCUGCACAGACUGAGCCCAGUGCUUGAUCUGCCCAUCGGCAGCCCCGACUGGCUGGUAUGUGCCCAGAAACAGCUUAACCAGGAGUUGAGUAGCCAGCAAGCGGCCCAAGAGGAGAGAGAGCAGCAGCUUGACACUUGUGGAGAGACCCUUCAGCUGCUCGUGGACUCCAUCAAGGGCAUUCUGUCCACACACAACAGACAGCUGGCUGACGUCAAGCAUCUGCUACGCGCCAUGGCAAAGGAUGAGGAGAAUGCAGUUUCAGAGGGCGAGGAGGUGGCCUACGAGGGCAGUGUGCGUCAGUUCCUGUUGGAGUACAAGGCGUGGCAGGACAAUGUACAGAUGGUGCUGUUCUCGGUGGUGCAAGCCACAGGCCAGCCACGCAGCCAGGAGCAACUGGAGCUGCUGCAAGAGAUACCCGUCACCCUGAAGGAGCUCCACACUCAGAGCCAGAGUGUGUAUAAUGGGCUGGUGGGCUUUGCAUCUCCACUGGUGACUGAAAGAGACGGUGAAUGUGCCAGCCCCAUUUCUACAGCGCAGACCAGCUUUGCCGCAGCGGUGCGAUGUAGCGGGAUGAAAACCCAGCCUGACUCCAUGUCACAGAAUGCACGCAAGGCCCUCCCUCGUAACCUGGGCACCCCAGCAGACACCCCACCCAGCACGUUACUGAUGACCAGCAAGGGGCUAAAUCCCAGUCCCAAGCGGGCCGUACGCGACCCCAAGACGGGACGAGCUGUCCAGGAGAGGAACUCCUAUGCUGUAAGUGUGUGGAAGCGGGUGAAAGCUAAGCUGGAGGGGAGAGAUGUGGACCCCAACAGAAGGAUGAGCAUAACUGAACAGGUGGAUUUUGUCAUCAGAGAGGCCACCAACAUGGAUAACCUGGCCCAGCUGUACGAGGGCUGGACAGCCUGGGUGUGAACGGGGUAUGCCACUUUAUCUCUUUGGUCCAGCAAAGGCUCAGAGAUCCACCAGAAUCCAGUGGGUCUGGGGGCAAAGGAGUCGCGCAGCACCCGUGCCACACAAUGGGGGGAGGUAGGGGGGAAGCGGAUGCCUAGACCACCCCAGCCCCCCCAAACUCCUGAGGCACCCAGCCUGAGGGGGCCCACCUCGUAGCAGCGCUGCAACCACCACUACCCCGCCCAUCAGCGAUCCAGCCAACACACCGCUCAGUGGAUCUGCAACCUGUCUCCUUUAUGGUGUUUGAAGGGGCAAAGGCUGCCCAGGAUGGGGGGAGGGGAAGGGAGCAAGGGAACCACAGAAUGUCAGACGACGUAGUUCCGUCACCCUUUGCUUUGAAUAACCUUCCCUCCUCACCUGCACAAUCCGCUAGCAGUGUUCCACCAAUAAUAAGAAAAUAAAUCACAGCGAUCCUGUCGACCAUACUAAACCACAAACACAACUGGGGAAUCCACUAGGAGGCAGAAUCGAGCAGGAUUAUGCAAGGACAUUGUACGUUUGCAGGCUUGGCCUUGUAUUUGCAGACUGCCCCUUUUUUUCUUUUUUUUUUAAAGAAGUACCCACCUGGGCAAAGCGUCACGUCGCCGGGUUCGGACUUUAUCCACAAGGCAGAAACUGCGGCUGAGAUUUACGGGGCGUCAGAUUGGCCAGUUGUUUAAAUCUUUCCUCCAACAGUGCGAUGGUUGGCCCACGGCAGAUCAGCAUGGGAUGUGAUUGGGCGGAUGUGAUGUGGAGUAGGGGUAGCAGAAUCCCACAGGCUAAAUGGACCCAUCUGAAGCCUAAGUUUAAAAAAAAAAUCUUUUAAGGGGGAAAUCGGUAUAAUCAAUAUUCUUGUUUCUCCUCAAAACUUGUAUCUCACAGAAACAAACUACCUAUUUCACACAUACUAAAGUAAUCUGUAUCGUCCAAUUUGGCAGAUGAGUGUCAAGUGAAGAUUGUUCUUGUGAGGAACACUUACUCCAGUUUUAAACGUUUAAAAAGAAACAAAAAAACAGCCUGUUCAGACAGGAUGUUUUUGAAGAUUGAUUUAAGCGAGGACACAAUGGAUCUGAGAGUUGACGGGUGACACACCACCAGAAAACCCACCUUCUCCUUUUUCUUCAAUGUGCAUCUUUAAUCUGCGUUGUGUUGUAAACUUUUCUCCCAAUCUCUACUUUAAAUAAGAGUAAAUUGCCUCCUUUUCUGACUUGCCUGUGAAAGCUGUCUUUCCUGAUAUGUAUUCAUCCUCCUUCCCUUGAUGCUUGCGUUUUAUUGAUGUUGACCUUCUAAUUUUACCUUUUUAUUUGGAGAAAUUAAAGAGAGCCAAGUGAUGUUUUGGUGAUGGUGCAAAUUGGUAUUUCUCAAAGAUUUUAUUGGAUUUUGUUUGCCUAAUAAAUGUGGAAUUAAGAGGU